AUGCUGGAGAACUACGGGAGCGUGGCCUUUCUGGAGCAUAAAAGAACCCACACAGGGGAGAAACCUUUUGAAUGCUCAGAGUGUGGAAAGACAUUCAGUCAGAGUGGUAAUCUUCAAGCGCAUCAAAGAACCCACACAGGGGAGAAACCUUUUGAAUGCUCAGAGUGUGGAAAGACAUUCAGUCAAAGUGGUAAUCUUCAAGCGCAUCAAAGAACCCACACAGGGGAGAAACCUUUUGAAUGCUCAGAGUGUGGAAAGACAUUCAGUCACAGUAGCACUCUUCAACAGCAUCAAAGAACCCAUACAGGGGAGAAACCUUGUGAAUGCUCGGAGUGUGGAAAGAGAUUCAGUUGCAAUGGCAGUCUUCAGCUGCAUAAAAGAACCCAUACAGGGGAGAAACCUUUUGAAUGCUCAGAGUGUGGAAAGAGAUUCAGUCACAGUGGCAAUCUUCAAGAGCAUAAAAGAACCCAUACAGGGGAGAAACCUUUUGAAUGCUCAGAGUGUGGAAAGAGAUUCAGGCACAGUGGCAGUCUUCAACAGCAUCAAAGAACCCACACAGGGGAGAAACCUUUUGAAUGCUCAGAGUGUGGAAAGACAUUCAGUCAAAGUGGCAAUUUUCAAGAGCAUAAAAGAACCCACACAGGGGAGAAACCUUUUGAAUGCUCAGAGUGUGGAAAGACAUUCAGUCAGAGUGGUAAUCUUCAAACGCAUCAAAGAACCCACACAGGGGAGAAACCUUUUGAAUGCUCAGAGUGUGGAAAGACAUUUAGUCACAGUAGCACUCUUCAACAGCAUCAAAGAACCCACACAGGGGAGAAACCUUGUGAAUGCUCAGAGUGUAAGUGUGGAAAGACAUUCAGUCAAAGUGGUAAUCUUCAAGCGCAUCAAAGAACCCACACAGGGGAGAAACCUUUUGAAUGCUCAGAGUGUGGAAAGACAUUCAGUCACAGUAGCACUCUUCAACAGCAUCAAAGAACCCAUACAGGGGAGAAACCUUGUGAAUGCUCGGAGUGUGGAAAGAGAUUCAGUUGCAAUGGCAGUCUUCAGCUGCAUAAAAGAACCCAUACAGGGGAGAAACCUUUUGAAUGCUCAGAGUGUGGAAAGAGAUUCAGUCACAGUGGCAAUCUUCAAGAGCAUAAAAGAACCCAUACAGGGGAGAAACCUUUUGAAUGCUCAGAGUGUGGAAAGAGAUUCAGGCACAGUGGCAGUCUUCAACAGCAUCAAAGAACCCACACAGGGGAGAAACCUUUUGAAUGCUCAGAGUGUGGAAAGAGAUUCAGUUGGAGAGGCAAUCUUGAACAGCAUCAAAGAACA